AGUUUCAUCUCUCCAGCUGUGUAUUUAAAGCUGCAGCUGUUCCUUCACAGCCUGCAGAGCCACAGCGACUCUGAGCUCCGUCACAAUCAUGGCUUUCUGCAAACUGCUGCCUGUGCUGGUUCUGAUCUACAACACUGAGGGUGUACUGGGAGCUGAGGUGAGGAGCUCCAUCAUCGGUGGGGAGAACGCUGCAAAGGGCAGCUGGCCGUGGAUGGUCCACAUCAACAUGACGACAGCGGACCGCAUGCAGAAGUGGCGCUGUGGCGGCACCCUGGUCAGCAGUGGGUGGGUGCUGACGGCUGCACAGUGCUUGGAAGAGCGACGUCAGCCUAGUCUGCGUCGGUCGAUGGUUUGGGUCGGCUCACUUCACCUGCAGAAGGAGAGCGUCCGUUACAUGGCGAUAGACACCGUGGUCCGCCACCCUUACUACCAGGCCGGGAGCAACGGCUACGUCAACGACAUCGCCCUGAUCAAGCUGAAGAAAAAGGUACUAUUCUCAAAGGAUGUUGCCCCGGUGAGUCUGCCCAGCGUCGACGACGCCUUCGACUCGUCAUCUGAGUGUUGGAUCACCGGCUGGGGCCAGAUUGGGAAUGGUGUUCCACUGCCGGAUCCAGAAACCCUUCAGCAGCUGAAGAUUCCCAUCAUGUCUCAGGCUACCUGCAAGGCCUCGUAUCCUCAGCUGACCUCUGACAUGUUGUGUGCGGGGGUCAGUAGUGGAGGGAAGGGCGCCUGCAAAGGGGACAGUGGCGGCCCGUUGGUGUGUCGUACGGCCCGGGGCUUCGUUCAGGUGGGGAUCAUGAGUUCAGACGGCUGUGGUUUCCCAGGCCGUCCUGGUGUCUACACCCGGGUGUCCAAGUAUCUGCGCUUCAUCAACGACUACAUCAAGCAGAGCGAAGAAGCUUCAGCUGAGGUCUAAACUUCCACCUGAUAACCUGCUUUACUCCUCACAGACUCUCUCCUGUGUUCUACUGUCACCGUGUGUCGUCCUUACUGCUGGUCGACUCUGGUUCAUUUAACAAAUUUCUGUGCAUUAAAGCUUUGAAGCAUCA